AUGAAUAAAAUAUAAUUCCUCUCUUUGCAGGUAAUACCUACAAAAAUGGAAUUGACGAUGUUCAAGCCAAAAUUGAAUUAUAUUGUAAAAUAAGUUUAUUGUUUAAAAUGCAUAAUGUUGAACAAAAUAGAUAUUGAACUCAUAAUAGAUUAAAUAAUAUUUAUAGUUGAGCUAUUGAUAUUUGGUUAAGUAUUGCUUGAUUUAUCAUAAUAGUUUGGUGCACCUUCAUUAGCUUAUUUAAAUGAAUUACUUAAGAUAUUAGUUACAACUUUAAAUUCAUUUAAACAGGAUGAAUUAGGAUAUGUAAUAGCAAAUAUGGAAACAUUAAAAAAAUAGACGAACUUAGAUUAUUUGAAAAGCUUUAAGAAAGGAAGUUCCAGAAAUUAAAAAAUAGCAAAUCAAUUCUAAAAGUAAAGCAUGAUAUAAAAUAUUAUAGAAUCUAGAAAAGAAUACUUACAAUUAUUUGA